AUGCAAAACCUUAUAAUAACGCACAGCGAUAUCCGGACGUUUGUAAAGCACUAUCUCUCGCAACGCAUUACGGUAGACACACAAGCUGUUGAAAGACAGUUCCAGCGACGGGCCCUUCGUGAGGAGAUCAAGAAACGCUGGGAAUACGAGCAACCCUUGCGUGAUGUUGAGCAGCAGAUUGCCGGCAUCGAAAUUAAGGACGUCGUACAGCCUCAGUUUGCUAUGCUCCCGGCACAGAAAAAGCUGGCUGACGCUAUCAUGGCCCCGCCGGGAGUCACUCUGGAAGCAGAGAUACGCCGGCGCAAUAGAGCCAUCCAAGCCGUCACGGAAUAUUGUGGGGUUGAAGAGGGCGGAAUGCACGCUGUUCGACUCCAACGAUCGAGCGGUUGCAUCACGCCACCAGGCAAGAGCAAAUAUGUGGACCUAUCUGCACAAGCGCUGGAAGCAGCCAAGGUGUCUGUGUAUAAAGAGACGAGGCCGAGGAUAUGUUUCGUUUGCCUGGGUAAAGAAAAUCUGCCAACAGAUGUGCGCAUACACUUAUUUUAUACCUCGGGCGACCUCAGCAAACAUUUCAAGAACAAGCACCUAGGAAUUAUGAGAUGCGAUCUUUGCCAGGUCAACCUGGACGACAAGAUGCACUGGCAACGACAUGCUCAUGAGGUCCACGGUACUGUCUCGUAG